GGGUACCGGCUUAGCAAACACCUCUCGCCUGUCCCUCCACGGGGGGCGGGGCUACGAAGGAGAUGCUGCGUGGUGAUUGGUUGCGGCUCGUUAAGAACGUGGCUACGGGGUGUUGGACAGUCCACACCAGGCGGUGACUGGUUGCAGAGAGGCGGGGCGGCUCGACCGCUGAAGAAGUAGCCACAACUGUGAGGAGAGCCAUGAGUCAGGCGGCCAAGGUUUUACAGCUCUUUAAAACACUGCACAGGACCAGACAACAAGUUUUUAAAAAUGAUGCUAGGGCAUUAGAAGCAGCCAGAAUAAAGAUAAAUGAAGAAUUCAAAUGUAAUAAAAGUGAAACUUCUCCUAAGAAAAUAGAAGAGCUAAUAAAAAUAGGUUCUGAUGUUGAGUUGAUACUCAGAACAUCUGUUAUACAAGGUAUUCACACGGACCACAAUACGCUGAAAUUGGUUCCUAGGAAAGACCUUCUUAUAGAAAAUGUGCCGUAUUGUGAUGCACCAACUCAGAAGCAAUGAAUUUUUCUAGAAUAAAAUUAAGUCUUUAUCAUUUUUAAUUUUAAAAUAUGUAACUCU